AGCAUAUGGAUUAUUAUUACAUCCCAAUGCAUAUGUUAGAAAUGGAUGGAAUUUACUGGAUUUUGUAAUAGUUAUAGUAGGAUUGUUUAGUGUAAUUUUGGAACAAUUAACCAAAGAAGCAGAAGGGGGUAGCCAUUCUGGUGGCAAACCAGGUGGUUUUGAUGUAAAAGCUCUGAGGGCCUUUCGUGUCCUGCGACCCCUCCGGCUUGUAUCAGGAGUGCCCAGUUUACAAGUUGUCCUGAAUUCUAUUAUAAAAGCCAUGGUUCCCUUGCUCCAUAUUGCCCUUUUGGUAUUAUUUGUAAUCAUAAUCUAUGCUAUUAUAGGAUUGGAACUUUUUAUUGGGAAAAUGCACAAAUCAUGUUAUUUUGAAGAUUCAGAAAUAUUAGCUGAAGAUGAACCUGCACCUUGUGCAUUCUCAGGGAGUGGACGUCAGUGUCCCCUAAAUGGCACUGAAUGUAGGGGCGGCUGGCCUGGACCAAAUGGAGGCAUAACAAACUUUGAUAAUUUUGGUUAUGCAAUGUUAACUGUGUUCCAGUGUAUAACCAUGGAAGGAUGGACAGAUGUGCUGUAUUGGAUGAAUGAUGCUAUGGGAUUUGAAUUGCCAUGGGUGUAUUUUGUCAGUCUCGUCAUCUUUGGGUCAUUUUUCGUUCUAAAUCUUGUUCUCGGUGUAUUGAGCGGGGAAUUUUCCAAGGAAAGAGAAAAAGCCAAGGCCAGGGGAGAUUUUCAGAAGCUGCGUGAAAAACAACAGCUAGAAGAAGACCUCAAAGGCUAUUUGGAUUGGAUUACCCAAGCAGAAGACAUUGACCCAGAGAAUGAAGAGGAAGGUGAUGGAGAAGGCAAACGAAAUACAAGUAUGCAAGCAAGCGAGACAGAAUCAGUGAAUACUGAAAAUGUGGGUGGUGAAGGAGAAACCACAUGCUGUGGAAAUUUGUGUCAAAUUAUCUCAAAAUCCAAGUUCAGCCGACGCUGGCGUCGAUGGAACCGUUUCAAUCGAAGACGAUGCAGAGCUGCUGUAAAAUCUGUUUCCUUUUAUUGGUUAGUCAUUGUACUGGUCUUCCUAAACACAUUAACUAUCUCGUCUGAGCAUUAUAAUCAGCCUGACUGGCUAACACAAAUACAAGAUAUUGCAAACAAAGUCCUUCUGGCUUUAUUCACCUGCGAAAUGUUAGUAAAAAUGUACAGUCUUGGACUGCAGUCUUACUUUGUGUCCCUUUUUAAUCGUUUUGACUGCUUUGUGGUCUGUGGCGGCAUUGUUGAAACCAUCCUGGUAGAGCUGGAAAUUAUGUCCCCCCUCGGAAUUUCAGUGUUCCGCUGUGUUCGUCUCCUCCGUAUUUUUAAAGUAACCAGGCACUGGACAUCCCUGAGCAACUUGGUAGCAUCCUUGUUAAACUCAAUGAAGUCCAUUGCUUCACUGUUGCUUCUGCUUUUCCUCUUCAUCAUAAUCUUCUCAUUGCUUGGAAUGCAGCUGUUUGGAGGCAAAUUUAAUUUUGAUGAAACUCAAACAAAACGGAGCACCUUCGAUAAUUUCCCACAAGCCCUUUUAACUGUAUUCCAGAUUCUAACAGGUGAAGAUUGGAAUGCUGUUAUGUAUGAUGGCAUUAUGGCAUAUGGAGGCCCAUCCUCAUCAGGAAUGGUAGUCUGUAUAUACUUCAUCAUCCUCUUCAUCUGUGGUAACUAUAUCCUGUUAAAUGUCUUCUUGGCUAUUGCGGUUGAUAACCUGGCAGAUGCUGAAAGUCUGAACACAGCUCAGAAAGAAGAAGCGGAAGAAAAGGAGAGAAAAAAGAGUGCCAGAAAAGAGAGUUUGGAUGCUAAAAGGGGGGACAAGCCAGAAGGUGAACCAAAGAAGGCCAAGGAUACUAAGGUUACAAUUGAUGAAUAUGGAGAAGAAGAUGAUGAAGACAAAGAUCCAUAUCCACCUUGUGAUAUCCCAGUAGGUGAAGAGGAAGAAGAGGAAGAGGAAGAGCCAGAAGUACCUGCAGGUCCUCGACCACGAAGGAUAUCUGAACUUAAUAUGAAGGAGAAGAUGACACCAAUUCCUGAAGGCAGCUCCUUCUUUAUUUUCAGCAAUACAAACCCGAUUCGAGUGGGUUGUCAUAGAUUAAUCAAUCACCAUAUUUUUACCAACCUCAUUCUUGUCUUCAUCAUGCUCAGCAGUGCUUCCCUUGCAGCUGAAGACCCUAUUCGCAAUCAUUCUUUUCGAAAUAAUAUACUUGGUUACUUUGACUAUGCUUUCACAGCCAUCUUUACUGUUGAAAUCCUGUUAAAGCUGACAGUGUUUGGAGCCUUCCUUCAUAAGGGGUCCUUCUGCCGGAAUUACUUUAACUUGCUGGACUUGUUGGUAGUAGGUGUUUCUCUUGUGUCAUUUGGCAUUCAAUCAAGUGCUAUAUCAGUUGUGAAGAUUCUGAGAGUUUUAAGAGUCUUAAGGCCAUUAAGGGCUAUUAACAGAGCAAAAGGACUUAAGCAUGUUGUUCAAUGUGUCUUUGUUGCCAUUCGAACUAUUGGUAAUAUCAUGAUUGUUACAACUCUACUCCAGUUCAUGUUUGCAUGUAUUGGGGUCCAGCUCUUUAAGGGAAAAUUCUAUCGGUGCACAGAUGAAGCAAAGCAAAAUCCUGUGGAUUGCCGGGGAAUAUUUAUUGUGUAUAAAGAUGGAGAUGUGGAGAGUCCAAUGGUGAGAGAGAGAAUAUGGCAGAACAGCGAUUUCAACUUUGAUAAUGUCCUCACUGCUAUGAUGGCUCUUUUUACUGUUUCUACUUUUGAGGGCUGGCCUGCGCUUCUUUAUAAAGCUAUAGAUUCAAAUGGAGAGAAUGUAGGACCGAUCUACAAUUACAGAGUGGAAAUCUCUAUUUUUUUCAUCAUCUACAUUAUUAUUAUUGCUUUCUUCAUGAUGAACAUAUUUGUUGGCUUUGUCAUUGUCACAUUCCAAGAACAGGGAGAACAAGAAUACAAGAACUGUGAACUUGACAAAAAUCAGCGUCAGUGUGUAGAAUAUGCUUUGAAAGCCCGGCCACUGCGUCGAUACAUUCCGAAAAAUCCUUACCAGUACAAAUUCUGGUAUAUGGUGAACUCUGCUGUCUUUGAAUAUAUCAUGUUUGUCCUCAUCAUGCUCAACACCCUUUGCUUGGCUAUGCAGCACUAUGGACAGUCUAAACUUUUUAAUGAUGCAAUGGAUAUUCUGAAUAUGGUGUUUACUGCAGUAUUUACUGUUGAAAUGGUUCUGAAACUCAUUGCAUUUAAACCGAAGGGCUAUUUUAGUGAUGCCUGGAACUCGUUUGACUCCCUCGUCGUUCUUGGCAGCAUAAUAGACAUCGUUCUCAGUGAAGCUGAUCCAAAGCCAACUGAAACUGUCACAACUGAUGAAUCUGGGAACAGUGAAGACAGUGCUAGAAUCUCCAUCACAUUUUUCCGUCUAUUCCGAGUUAUGAGAUUGGUGAAGCUCCUCAGCAGGGGAGAAGGAAUACGAACUUUAUUGUGGACAUUUAUUAAAUCAUUUCAGGCUCUACCAUAUGUUGCUCUUCUGAUAGCUAUGUUGUUUUUCAUCUAUGCGGUUAUUGGAAUGCAGGUAUUUGGCAAAGUUGCUCUGAAAGAUGGCAGUCAAAUUAACAGGAACAACAACUUUCAAACCUUUCCCCAAGCGGUGCUGCUUCUCUUCCGGUGUGCCACAGGAGAGGCUUGGCAAGAGAUUAUGUUGGCUUGCAUGCCAGGAAAACGUUGUGACCCAGAAUCUGAUUUUAACCCUGGAGAAACAUGUGGAAGCAAUUUUGCCAUUAUUUAUUUCAUCAGUUUCUAUAUGUUGUGUGCUUUUUUGAUUAUCAACCUUUUUGUGGCUGUCAUCAUGGACAACUUUGAUUACUUGACACGUGAUUGGUCUAUCCUUGGUCCACAUCAUCUAGAUGAAUUUAAAAGAAUAUGGUCAGAAUAUGAUCCUGAAGCAAAGGGGAGAAUAAAACACCUUGAUGUUGUUACUUUAUUGCGACGCAUCCAGCCUCCCCUUGGUUUUGGGAAAUUAUGUCCUCACAGAGUUGCCUGCAAGAGGUUGGUAGCCAUGAACAUGCCCCUAAACAGUGAUGGAACAGUUAUGUUUAAUGCUACUCUAUUUGCUUUAGUAAGAACAGCCUUGAAAAUCAAAACUGAAGGAAAUCUAGAGCAAGCAAAUGAAGAACUCAGGGCAGUUAUAAAGAAAAUUUGGAAGAAAACUAGUAUGAAGCUCCUGGACCAAGUUGUUCCUCCUGCUGGUGAUGAUGAGGUAACCGUGGGGAAGUUCUAUGCCACCUUUCUGAUACAGGACUACUUUAGGAAAUUCAAGAAACGGAAAGAACAAGGACUGGUGGGAAAAUACCCUGCAAAGAACACCACCGUUGCAUUACAGGCUGGGCUUAGAACUCUUCAUGAUAUUGGACCUGAAAUUCGGCGAGCUAUAUCCUGUGAUUUGCAAGAGGAUGAACCAGAACAAAAUCACCAUGAGGAAGAGGAAGUAUAUAAAAGAAAUGGUACCCUGUUUGGAAACCAUAUAAAUCAUGUUAGCACUGAUACAAGGGAUUCAUUUCAACAGAUCAAUACUACACAUCGCCCUCUGCAUGUGCAAAGGCCACUGAUUUCAUGUAUGGUGGACACUACUGAGAAAAAUGUGCAUCCUCCAACAGGAAACUCUUUAUUCCAUAAUCAUCAUAGCCAUCACAACCACAACUCAGCAGGGAAACAAGUUCCAAACUCUACAAAUGCUAACCUCAAUAAUGCAAACGUGUCCAAAGUGGUUAACAGAAAACAUACAAGCACUGGAAGUCAUGAGCAUACGCUGGAAACUGGGAACCAUUCAUACUCCAGAAAUGAUCACCAUGAGCAACGUAGACAAUCAUCCAAAAGGAGUAAUAGAUCUCGUUAUUAUGAAACUUACAUUAGGUCAGAAUCGGGUGAUAGGCAUCUACCCACAAUUUGUCGAGAAGAUAAUGAAAUUAGAGAUUAUUAUAAUGAUGAUUGUUAUCUGGAUGAUCAGGAAUAUUUUAGCGGUGAUGAGUAUUAUGAAGAAGACAGUAUGUUGUCAGGAAACUGGCAUUCACAUGACUGUCAUAGUACAUAUCACUGUAAUGAUUUAGAUUUUGAACGGCCAAAGGGUUAUCAUCACCCACAUGGUUUUUUUGAGGAAGAUGAGUCACCAAUGUGUUAUGAUUCAAAAAGAUCGCCUAGAAGACGGCUGCUACCUCCGACACCUACAUCCAAUCGCCGCUCUUCCUUUAAUUUUGAAUGCCUCCGCAGGCAGAGCAGUCAUGAUGAAAUACCACCAUCCCCUACCUUUCAUCAACGCACUGCUUUACCUCUGCAUUUAAUGCAACAGCAGGUCAUGGCAGUUGCAGGUCUGGAUGCCACUAAAGUUCAUAGACAUUCCCCGAGUCGUUCAACACGUUCCUGGGCUACACCACCCAACCGGGACCGCACUCUUUAUUAUACGCCUCUUAUCCAAGUUGAUCAAGCAGAUUCUACAGAAUAUAUGAAUGGCAGCCUGCCAUCUCUGCAUAGGAGCUCCUGGUAUACCGAUGACCCUGAUAUUGCAUAUCGGACAUUUACACCAGCUAAUUUGACUGUACCAAGUGACUUUAGGCAUAAGCAUAGUGACAAACAGAGGAGUGCCGACAGUUUGGUAGAAGCGGUGCUUAUAUCUGAAGGAUUAGGACACUAUGCAAGGGACCCAAAAUUUGUUUCUGCAACAAAACAUGAGAUUGCAGAUGCUUGUGAUAUGACUAUUGAUGAGAUGGAAAGUGCUGCGAGCCACCUUCUCAAUGGAAACAUUAGCAGUGGAACUAAUGGUGACAUGUUCCCUAUUUUAAAUAGACAAGAUUAUGAACUUCAAGAAUUUGGUCCUGGCUAUAGUGAUGAAGAGCCGGAUACUGGAAAAUAUGAAGAAGACUUAUCUGAUGAAAUGAUAUGCAUUACAACCUUAUAGUAUUUAGUAAGAAGAAUGUUUGAUUUUAAAUAAACAGAAGUGCCUCCUAGUUCUACGAUGCUAGGCACUAGCUGGAAUCAAUAAGGAAUCAAGCUUUGCAUGAGUGAUAACAUUGUCACGUUGUGAGGAAGCCAUACUUUUAUUUAUUAGUACGUGUUUCCAAUAUAAUGAAUCAGGAUUCGAAUGAUUUCUUCAAGGCCUUUGCUACAGAAUCUUGAGCUCAUCAGGGAACAAAGGUGGAUCUUUAGAACCAAGAAGAUUCUAACCCGUUUGUUUUCAAAUAAAGAGAAAAAGUGGAAAGAUUGCUGUCUUCCAAUUGUGUUCUGCUGCCCUUCAGAGUGUUCAGAAUUCUCAGUGGAAAAAAGAUUGGCACUUUUAAAGAAGUCUUCAGAAGGUUAUGGUGAUGACAGUCAAAGUUGUCAUUACCUCUGAUUACAUAGCAUAUCAAAAAUCCACUGCAUUCAGCAUAUCCACUCAGAUAUAUUAUUUUAAAAUUUGCCUAUCCUUUUUUUAAAAAAUCCUUAAUACAGUUUGUCAAAGUCUUUUUGCAAGAGAUUGUUUCAUUGGACUGCUGCUGAAAGCAUUUCUCUCAUAGGUAACAGCAGUUUACAUAGCAGAAUAUCAUUAAAAAUAGUCUGUUUUAUGACUAUCACUUCAAGGGCAAAAUACACUGGAAUAAUUGCAUUUUUACUAAUGCACUUGCAACCAGGUUAAAGUAGAGUUAGAUAGGACAGUUUGUUAAAAACUAUAUAGCAGAGAUUAUUGUAAAUAAAUUCUAAUCUACCAUAAUUUGUAUUUGUAAAGAGAUGUUCUAUAUUUUGUAAUUAUUGUACCGUAAUUGAACCGCAGCAAUAUUUAUGGAGCCUCAUCAUUGUAACUCUUCACUGAAUUCUAAAUGGAAGUAUUUUUACUUGGACUGUAUAGCACUAUAGAAUUAAAGAUUUAAAUAGAGCCACCUUCAUUAUAAAAUGUUUUUGAAGUAAAGAUUUAAAAAACUUGAUGCUACAGAGAUUUUAUAAAAUAUUUUGAGUCAAUUGGAUUCUCACUUUACAAUGUAAGACAUGGAAAAUUAGUAAUUACAAUCUUACAUCUGGAAAGAUACUUGGAAUCUAUAGUCUUUUUGACAGAAAACAAACUGUGGAUUUAUCUCUACUACAACUCUUGCAAUAACAGCUAGAGAUAAGAUUAAUAAAAAAUCCAUUUUGGCAAGGUUUUCUUUUAUUUUGAAAUAUGCAUAGAUUAAAGUUCCAAUCCUAUACCAAAUUCGCAGUAGUAAGCCCCAUUGCAUAAAAUGGGAUUUAUUUCUUAAUGAAGGUACAUAGGAUUGAACCACCAUGAACCAUUCUUCUUGGUAGAGACUUCCUACACAGAUAUAAUUUAAAAGGUGGGUAGUUAACAAGUUACAGCUUGAGGUGGAAUGUGUGAUGAAAUGAUGACUUACAUAACCAAAACAUUCCUAAGAUGUUGAGAAUAUGGCAUGGUUGAUGAAUUUUUUUGAUGUUCUACAUGUAAUGUUUUCAGGAUUUGUUUUUAUGCAAUCAAAGGAGGGCUUCAAUGUUGUUUGUGAUGCAGUAAAAUCCUGAUACUGAAGAUAAUAAGAUUUUGGAGAUCAAUAAAUAUCAAAAGUUUAUUUUAUUAACAUUGGAUAAAUGGACUUGCUCCACCAAGCAACUUUAUCAGGGUUAUCUGUAUUAACAAAAUAGGUAGCAAUUGUCACGUUUCUAAAAGUGUGACAUACACAGCUGAAAUUAAUAUAACCAUUUUGUACACAGUGGCAAUUUGCUAUGGAUACCUUACCAACCUCUUCUUUCAAAUGUCAGGAGAGAAUUUAAAGGUUUGUACAUUAUUUCCUGACCUACAUCAUUUUGUAUGAAAAUAAAUGCAAAAUGUUACUGAGAAUAAAAAUGUGUAAUAAUGUUAUUAUACUUGGUCUCUUCUUUCUAACAAAUGGAAUUCUAAAGAUUGGUGAUUUCUUUUUGCCCCAUAGUUCUGUAUUUGAACU